AUGACUGCACAAGAAUUUGAUUUUUCUGAUAAUUCCCAUAGACGUUACAACCCAUUAACCGACUCAUGGGUUUUGGUUUCUCCGCACAGGGCUAAGAGACCUUGGUUAGGUCAACAGGAGGCUGCCUACAAACCCAAUUCUCCUGCCUAUGAUCCGAAAUGUUACUUAUGUCCUGGUAACAAUAGGGCUACUGGUGGCCAGAACCCUGAAUAUGAAUCAACAUAUAUUUUCCCCAAUGACUACGCCGCUGUUAAGAUCGAACAGCCACCUUUAUUACAAAAUGAUUCCGAUAAGGAUAAUUUGAAAAAUAGAUUGUUCAAAGUACAAUCUGUGAGGGGCAAUUGUUUCGUCAUUUGUUUCAGCCCCAAACAUAAUUUAACCAUACCACAAAUGAAAGAGUCUGAUUUGGUUAACAUUAUUAAUGCUUGGCAAAACUUGAAUAACGACCUCGCUAAAGAAGCAAGAGAGAAUCAUAAGCCCUUUAAAUAUCUGCAGAUAUUUGAAAAUAAAGGUACUGCCAUGGGUUGUUCCAACUUACAUCCCCAUGGACAAGCUUGGUGUUUAGAAUCCAUUCCUAGUGAGGUUUCUCAAGAAUUGAAAUCAUUUGGGAAAUAUAAACAUGAGCAUAAGACUGAUUUAUUUGCUGAUUAUGUUAAAUUGGAGCUAGAAGAGAAGAGAAGACUUGUACUUGAGAAUGAGUCCUUCAUAGUCGUCGUCCCAUACUGGGCUAUUUGGCCAUUUGAGACCAUGAUUGUUUCUAAGAAGAAGAUCUCCUCUGUUAGUCAAUUUGACCAUACCAUGAAGAAGGAACUCGCUUCAAUUCUGAAGCAGUUGACUAUCAAAUACGAUAAUUUGUUUGAGACAAGUUUCCCAUACUCAAUGGGUAUCCAUCAAGCACCUUUGAAUGCAGCUGGUGAUGAACUACAUAACAGUUGGUUUCACAUGCAUUUCUAUCCGCCAUUGUUAAGAUCAGCCACUGUUCGAAAAUUUUUGGUUGGUUUUGAAUUAUUAGGUGAACCCCAAAGAGAUUUAACUCCAGAACAGGCGGCGGAAAAAUUGAGAAAUCUAGAUGGUAAGACUCAUUAUCUAGAUAAGUUGUAA